AUGGGGUCAGAUCCGCAGUUUGCCAAAUAUCCCGACCUCAGCCUCGCCCAGCACAUAUUCUCCCUGGUCACAGCACCUACCACAUCACAGCCGGCAUCAUUAAACUACCUGCAAAAUGCCAUCAAAGAACACAAGAUGGCUCCUUUGUACCGCCACUUGGCUCAUCCAACUGAGGGUGUGCUGAACAUAGUUGGUGAGGGCACAUCUCAACCUGCCAAUCCUCCGCAAAAACCUCCAACCAGACGGGCCUCACUUGUGUCAAGCAACCUUGUACCGCUCAAGAAACAAAUUACUUCAGGAAUUCUACCUUGGGACGAAGGCUUGUACAAUGGGCUCAAGGCUGAAAACGAUAAAGAGCUAGAGGAGUUUCAGAAAGAGGAAGAGGACGCUGAAGAGAAAGCUGGCGAGACCGAAGUGCAGGCCGCUCGAAGCAAGCGGGCGGAUUUCUGGGCCCGGGUUGGGGACAAGGAUAAAGCAAUUGCUGCUUACGAGAAAGUCCUGGACAAAGCCGGUCCUCUCGGUACCAAAAUCGAUGUCGUCCUUGCCAUCAUUCGUAUUGGACUUUUCUUCAACGACAAAGCGUUUGUCAAGAAACAGGUCGACCGAGCCAAUAUCCUCGUGGAGGGUGGCGGCGAUUGGGACCGAAGAAAUCGAUUAAAGGCAUACAAAGGUCUCCACCUCCUCACAGUCCGAUCCUAUAGCCUGGCGGCACCCCUGCUCCUCGACAGUCUUUCCACAUUCACCAGCUACGAACUGUGCAGCUAUUCUUCCCUAGUCACAUACGCGGUUCUUGCGGGAUCUUUGUCGUUGAAACGCGUUGAUUUCAAAGCCAAGGUGGUAGACGCGCCAGAAAUCAAAGCAAUUCUGGGUGACGGUGAAGAGAAGGCUCCAGGUGCGGAUGAAGAAAUGAAAGACGUGUCUGCAUCCACGGCUGAUCGGGCAACUGGUCUCGUGAAUCUGACGACACUAGGAUCAGGAUCAGCUGUGGAAAGCCAAACUGAAGCCCCGGUGGAUAUGUCUUCGCUGGCCGGACUGGUCAACAGCUUGUACUCCGGCAACUAUCGUGGCUUCUUCACGUCCUUGGCAGGCGUAGAGGAGGCCUUCCUCACGCAUGACCGCUAUCUCUAUGAGCACCGUGCUUGGUUCGUACGUGAGAUGCGUCUUCGAGGAUAUCAACAAUUGCUUCAAUCGUACAGAGUGGUAGGACUGGCUACCAUGGCCUCAGCAUUUGGCGUCAGUGUCGACUUUCUCGACAAAGAUUUGGCCAAGUUCAUUGCAGGAGGUCGGGUUAGCUGCACCAUUGAUCGGGUGCAAGGAAUCAUUGAGACGACUCGUCCCGACGACAAGAACAAGCAAUAUGCCGAUGUGGUCAAGCAGGGUGAUGCUCUGAUCACUAAACUACAGAAGUAUGGACAAGCUGUGAGAUUAAGAGGCAGCGAGCGGGCUUAG